AUGCCGGUGGCGCGCAACACGCCGCCGGAGAAGCGCAGAGUCAGGACUGGAUGCGUCGCUUGUCGCCAGCGACGUCGAAAAUGUGAUGAAAAGAAACCGCAGUGCGCCAGCUGCGAGUCAAGAAAGGUUGUCUGCAAAUACGUCAUCACUCCAGAUCCUCGAUCUGGUACAUACACAGAAAUCACGUUCAUUGACGAAAAACCCUCUUCAGCCGAUGCGCAACCAAGCUCAGAGGAUUGUAAAGUGGCAUCAGCAAGGCAGCCUCCUCGGUGUAGCGUGCGUUGGCAGCAGCCCGCUUCACAGCCCGCAACAAACUCUCCGGCAGCCAUCUCAAGCUGGGAUUCUUAUUUUGACACUGAGCUUCCAGAAGCAUCUCAGCGAGACAUUGCGUUGCUACGGCAGUUUCGUUACCGCACUGCGCCGUGGCUAGAGGCCGGCGAUCCUAACAGCAAAUUCGGCGUUGCCAUGAUGAGAAUGGCCCAGGAGCAUGAGCUUAUACGGAUUCUUCUCACCGAAUUGGCAUCAUCACAUCUCCUGGGCCGGUUCAACAAACCUCAUACACAAGAAGCUCAUACCCGGUUAAAAGCAUGUCUAGAGCUGGAAUAUGUCGCGGAUGCGCUCAUCCACCUUACGGAAACUCUUUGCGCAGGCCCUCUCGCUUGGAGACAAUUCCGCUUUCAACACGGCACCUGCACCGCCGUCGAGGAACCUUUAAGAACUCUGAUACAGCAGCUAUCUCGUAUUGAUUUAGCAGCCUCGAUUUUGACCUCAACCCCGCCAGCGACAGAGUCGAGCUUUUUCCUUUUGCGGCCAGAACCUGGCUCUGAAGGAAAAUCGGUGCUACUUUCAGCCUACAACUGGGCGCUCUACCAUCUCACAUCAUGUCUUCACUUCGUCUACCGCUCCAGUGCCGCAGCUACAGAAGCAGCGCGUGCCAGCUCCAGCAGUCCUGGCGCAGUUCUCAUGCCCAGAGCUCCUCCUGAUUGGCAGACCCUCUGGCUGCGCAUCCAGUCAUGGUACGAUGCGCGGCCUGUGGAGUUUCAGUCGCUAGUCGAUGUCGGCAGCAUCGAGAGAAGCCAGAUUGAUCCCAUGAAUGCCGCCUCAUUCCCGAUACAUUUGUUCUCGAGCGCAAUUGCCGUGCAGGCAGCUACCUUUUACCACACCACUGCCCUUCUCCUGCUGCAUCACAAGCCUAGACUUCUCAGCAUGCCAGGCCGACGCCAGCAUUUGACGUCGGCGAAUUGGCAUGCAAGGGCUAUUGCAGGCAUUAUCACAUCGAAUGAAUUUCCUGAGCAGUGGGACCCGAUCGUCAUUGCCUCAGCUCUGCAUAUUGCAAAGGACAUUACACACUCUGCACAACAGCAAGCCAUGCUGGCAUGUCUCCAAAAUAUCACGACCCAGGCUGGGAUCCCGCUCGGAGAGGAAGAGCAGCAGCUGCGCGGUAUAUGGGCAGCUGCAAAUUUGGUUGAAAGCUCACUCUCUUGCUGA